UCCCACUCUUUUGUUGCGGGGAUGGAACCCCUCAUACUGUUAGCCUCACUGAUCAUCGCAGCUGCGUGCUUCCUAGCGAUUCAUGGACGGACGUCUGCCAAGCUGCGCCUGCCUCCAGGCCCCACGCGACUGCCACUACUCGGCAACGUGCAUCAGCUCCCCUCUAUGGGACAUCAAAGGACGUUUGCAGAGUGGGGGGAGCGCUACGGUGAUGUUAUUUACGCCCGUUUGUUUCGAACGCCAGCCAUUGUGGUCAAUUCGAUGACCGCCGCACAAGAGCUUCUCGAUAAGAGGAGCGCCAAAUACUCGCAUAGGCCUCGUUUCAUUCUGCUACAGGAGUUGAUGGGCUGGGACGUCAUGACGCAUUUUUCUUAUGGUGAAAGAUGGCGAAGACAUCGAAAGUGGAUCGCGGGCGCCUUCCAGGACAAAGAUGCUCUAUUGAGUUAUCGUCCAUUGCAGCGCCGGGAAACCUACACUCUGUUAUCGGGUCUCAUGGAUACGCCGCAUUUGUUUAUGGGGCACAUUCGAAGAUACCCUGCCGCCAUGAUCAUGGAGAUCGCUUACGGACAUUGCGUCGAGUCCUCCGACGACAAGUACAUUCACCUGGCUGAGCGCGCGUCGACCGUCACCCUAGAAUCGGGGGAUGCGGGGGCAAUGCUGGUCGACUUCUUCCCAUCAUGUACCUGCAUCUGUCCUGAUGUACUGCCUGCUUGGGCUCCGGGAGCAGGGUUCAAGAAGAAAGCGUCCGCCGCCAAGAAAGUCAUCCAAGAACUGCUUGAUACCCCUUACGAGAUGGUCAAAAGCGCGAUGAUGAAGGGUGUGGCUCGUCCUUGUUUCACGACAUCAUUACUGGAGGAGAUCAUUCAAAAGGGUACACUAAAGAAACAGGACGAACAUGAAAUCAAGGGUGCCGCAGGUCUCCUAUACGGAGGUGAUUCUACCACUGCCGUACUGGCAACCUUCAUGCUCGCAAUGAAAGCUCGGACAGAGAUUGAUCGCGUUGUUGGUACGGAACGGCUGCCGGAUUUCGAUGACAGGCCGUCGCUGCUAUACCUCGAAUGCGUGAUCAGGGAGGUUUUGCGUUGGAAUAGUCCAGUUCCCCUGGGAUCACUACGUGGCUUCGACAUUCCAGCUAAUGCAAUGGUGAUACCCAAUAUCUGGGCGAUGAAUAAUGACGUCAAUUUAUACUCAACGCCGAGCGCAUUCCAACCUGAGCGGUUCAUGGAGAUGGAUCCUCAGACUCUAGCGUCCAGGGAUCCCCGUAACGUUGUCUUUGGUUUCGGCCGUCGAGUCUGUCCAGGCCAAGAGUUCGCCGAUUCCAGCGUCUGGCUUGCUGCAGCAUGCAUCAUCGCCGCGGUUGAUGUGAAUCAGGCCCUCGAUAAGUCCGGAAAGUGUAUUGUGCCACCUGCCGCUUUCGACGAAGUAUUUGUCAGCCAUCCGAAGGAAUUCCUUUGUGACAUCAAACCGCGGUCGCAGAAAGCAAAGCGCACCGUGGCCGAUUUCCUCACCAACCAUACAAUGUGACAACCUGAACUUGGACGGCUCGGAUACACUGCAGGAGCGUGAUAAUUUGCAGGACACGAGCAGGCUACUGUUCUGGAUUUUCUCAUGAUUACUUAUGUCGUGUCGAUGUACUGGGCCGGUGCUGGACGUCGCUGAGCGUCGCAGAGUUCUGACGGCUUGUUUGACAUUGUUGUCCAAAGGCUUCCAAAUAUAACAGAAACAAACCCCCAUGUGGCGGUGGCUACAAUGAUUUCGAUUAGAACUCCGGCCCUGUAGAGGGUGAAUAGGAUUAUGGUGAUUUGACAUUGA